CACCUCCGUCCCUAACCCGAAUUUUAAAUUUUUUUUAUCAUAAUUUAGUGGCUACCAAAAUUGCCCGGGCAGGGCAAGGCUGGGCAAAACUCCGCCAUCCCUCGUCUUUUUCUUCACGUUCCGGUUUGGAUUGAGAAUAUGGUGGUUCUUCUAUCGGAUCGGAUUCGAAAUUACCCAUCGUUCCAUGUUACAAGCCUGCGAGUCUCUUACCCAUCAUUUCGAAGGUAAAAGGUCGAGAGAGACGAUUUAGAGGGUUUUAAGACUGAACCCUCACUCACGGUGUUCCGUCAAAAAUCCACUCACGGUGUUCCGUCACAAAAUCCACUCACUGUAUUUUCACUUUCAUCACCAUCUCUCUCCGGAGUUCCAACCCAUAUUACGUUUCUUUGCCGCCACUGCGCUUAUAUGUGCCUUGAGCAUUAAGGAUAAAGAAUUGAAAUGAUUGCUAUUGUGGGAUGAAGACAGUUGGAAUCAAAAGUCCCCAGCUAUUGAUAUUUGUUGAGACUUCAAGGAUGUCAGUUGAUCCUACUUUUGUUGAUGAGGAUGCAUCAUCAGGCUCAGGAGAGGACGUGACCAUGUUAGAUGGACACAACAAGCAUGAGUCUGGGACAGGUCCAGGUCGUCGCAAGAGAAGUCGAAAGGCAACUGGUGAUGCUAUAGUUGAUGCUAUGCUAGAAAUAGCGGCAGCUUCAAAAAUGAGGGCAACUGCAAUUAUGAAGAGUGUAGAUCGAUUUUCUACAAGCAAAUGCAUAAAAGUAUUGGAUGAGAUGCAAGAUAUAUCAGCCGGCAUGGAUGACGUUGACUUAGAAUUGGACGAGAUGGAAUUAGUUGCAGCAGCUGCUGGUUACUAUUACUAUAAUAGUAUAACUAAGCAGCCCUGUCGUAGUGUGUCACCCAGUGGAUCUGGGUUUAUGACUGAAAUACUGAAUGGUGAUCAUGAUGUAUGUCGUGAAAUGUUUAGGAUGGAUAAACAUGUUUUCCACAAGUUAAGUGAAACUCUUCGACAAAGAGGCAUGCUACGUGAUACAGCUGGUGUAAUGAUAGAGGAGCAGCUGGCAAUUUUCUUGAACAUUGUUGGGCACAAUGAGCGUAAUAGAGUAAUACAAGAACGUUUCCAGCAUUCAGGAGAAACAAUAAGCAGGCAUUUCAAUAAUGUAUUGAAGGCGAUAAAGUCGCUGUCACGUGAAUUUCUACAACCACCUCCAUUCUCAACUCCUCCAGAAAUCGUCACAAGUAACAGAUUUUAUCCAUAUUUUAAGGAUUGCAUUGGAGUAAUAGAUGGCAUGCAUGUCCCUGCACAUGUCCCAGCGAAAGAUCAAUCCCGGUUUCGUAAUAAGAAAGGUGUUCUAUCGCAAAAUGUUUUGGCAGCUUGCACAUUAGACCUGCAGUUCAUAUUCAUUUAUCCUGGUUGGGAAGGCUCGGCUGCUGAUUCACGUGUAUUAAGAGCAGUCCUUGAUGAUCCAGAUCAGAAUUUCCCUCAAAUUCCCCAAGGCAAAUACUAUCUUGUUGACGCAGGUUACUCAAAUAUGGAGGGAUUUAUUGCUCCAUAUCAAGGAGUUCGGUACCAUCUCCAUGAAUACAAAGGUGCUAAUCAAUUGCCAAGAAGUGCAAAGGAGCUAUUUAAUCACCGACACUCAUCUUUAAGAAACGCCAUCCAGAAAUCCUUUGAUGUGUUGAAAGCUCGAUUUCCUAUUCUCAAACUUGCCCCUCAAUAUGGUUUCCAUAUACAAAGGGAUAUAGUUAUAGCAGCGUGUGUUAUACAUAACCAUGUCCGGCGAGAGGAAAAAAAUGAUUGGUUGUUUGCUAGUGCUGAAGGUGGGGCAGUUGAAGAAUUGCCUGAUGUUGAUGAACCUGAUAUGCAUCUGGCUUCCUCAAUACAAGAACAGAUUGCUUCCGCGAUGCGGGACUCAAUUGCUGCAGAAAUGUGGAAUGACUUCAUAAAUAAAUGGGAUGAGUGGUGAUUAGUAUUUAGCAGCAAUGAGGUCCCUGCGGAGUUGCUGUAUUACUUGCGUGAAUCUGGGAACUGGGUGUUGGUUAGGACUCGGAGAGAGUUUCCAGCCUCCUGCUAAACAACCAUUGUUAUUCGGUUUCUGUCUUCCUCUCUCUCUCUCUGCCCCUACUCCUGCUCCUUGGUGUUUUGACUAGGGAUUGGGAAGGGGGGUUGGAUUGGUUUCUAAUUAUUCAUGACACUCUCGAUCGAUCGAUUUGUGUAUAUAUAUAUCAUGUCAUGCAAGUUUUUGUAGCAGAUGACAAUUGGUGAUGUUGGUUUUGGGCUAUUGCUGUUAUGUUAUUCAAGUGUAAGACAAUUGGUGAUGUUGGUUUUGGGCUAUUGCUGUUAUGGCUGGUUAAAAAGGUAUUUUAUAUUUGGUAUUGUUCAUUGCUA